UAGAUAAAACCCCUCCUAGAUCAUCUAACUUAAUUGAGUCCAUAUGCUAUACAUGUAGCUAGUGUAUAUAUAUAGUAGUCCUCUGAUUCAUCAUUUAUCAAACCAACUAGCAACAGACCCACACUUGCAGUUGUGACGAGGUGGGGAGUAAGGGAGCACAAGAUCAGAGAUGGUAGUGGCCAAGAUGAGCGGUGGCGGGGCUGGGUGGAGAGAUGUAAGAGGCGUCACCGCCCAGAUCGUCUUGGGCCGGUGGUUCAUGGUGUUUGCAUCUUUCCUCAUCAUGUCUGCUGCGGGUGCAACAUAUAUGUUCGGUCUCUACUCUAAUGACAUUAAGACCUCACUGGGGUACGACCAAACCACACUCAACUUGUUAAGUUUCUUCAAGGAUCUGGGUUCCAACGUCGGCAUCCUCUCAGGGCUAAUCAACGAGGUGACGCCACCGUGGGUGGUGCUAGUCAUCGGCGCUGUCAUGAACUUCAGUGGCUACUUCAUGAUAUGGCUUGCCGUCAGUGGUCGAAUUGCCCGACCCCAUGUAUGGCAUAUGUGUAUCUACAUCUGUCUCGGUGCUAACUCACAGUCGUUCGCCAACACUGGCGCACUCGUCACCUGUGUCAAGAACUUCCCGGAAAGCCGAGGCGUCGUGCUGGGUCUCUUAAAGGGUUUUGUAGGUCUCAGUGGCGCCAUUAUCACUCAGAUCUACCAUGCUUUAUAUGGAAACAACUCCAAGGCUCUUAUUCUGCUCAUAGGUUGGCUUCCGGCCGCGAUAUCUUUCGGCUUUGUGCGCACUAUAAGGAUCAUGAGGGUCGUUCGACAACCGAACGAGCUGAAGGUUUUCUACCAUUUCCUCUAUAUCUCUCUCGGCCUGGCCGGGUUUCUCAUGAUCUUGAUCAUUGUACAGAAAAGGUUCGACUUCAAUCAGUAUGAGUAUGGUGGCAGCGCUGCCGCUGUUCUCAUCUUACUCUUUCUCCCACUUGCCGUUGUUAUCAGAGAAGAAAUUGCUAUGUGGAAGAGCAAGAGGCAGAGGCAAGCCUUAAACAGGUCUUGCUCUUCCCAGUUGAUGGUUACUGUUGAGAAGCCAUCAGCGCCAGCACCAACGACAACCGCUGAAGCAGCAGAACCACCAAAGGCAGAGGCUUUGCCACCGCAAGCACCAGCUGCCGCAGCGCCAAGUUCAUCGCCUGUUUCACAAAAGUCGGCUUCUUGUAUGAGCACUAUGUUCAGGCCGCCGGACAGAGGUGAAGAUUAUACUAUACUACAGGCUCUGGUGAGCGUUGACAUGCUGAUUCUGUUCUUCGCAACCAUCUGCGGUGUCGGUGGGACAUUAACGGCGAUCGACAACCUGGGCCAGAUAGGCUUAUCCCUGGGCUACCCUUCUCGUAGCAUCAGCACCUUUGUAUCACUUGUGAGCAUAUGGAACUAUCUCGGACGAGUGGUUUCAGGCUUCGCCUCUGAAAUCUUCUUGAAGAAAUACAAAUUCCCCCGCCCCUUGAUGCUUACCAUGACUCUCCUCCUCUCGUGCGUCGGCCACCUUCUUAUCGCCUUCGGCGUCCCGGGCUCUCUCUAUGUCGCAUCAGUGAUCAUCGGCUUCUGCUUCGGUGCACAAUGGCCUCUGCUCUUCGCCAUCAUUUCUGAAAUCUUUGGCCUCAAAUACUAUUCUACUCUGUACAACUUUGGUGCAGUGGCGAGCCCAAUCGGAUUAUACAUCCUCAACGUGAGAGUAGCAGGGCAUCUCUACGACAAAGAAGCAAACAAACAAAUGGCAGCCUUUGGUCGCACCAGGGCACCCGGCACGGACUUGAGUUGCACCGGCGUGGACUGCUAUAAACUGUCGUUCAUCAUAAUUACGGCAGUGACAUUGUUCGGGGCUGUUGUGUCCUAUGUUCUUGUUCAUAGAACAAGGGACUUCUAUAGAAGUGAUAUUUACAAGAAAUUCAGAGAGGAAGCCAUGGCCGCAGAGGCAGAGAUGGCCUUGGCUGACAAUGGUGUCCAACUACCAAGAGAGAGACUACAGGAGGAGAAACCAUCAUCUGUAUCUGUAUCUGUAACUACAACGGCAACCGCCACUCGGACAGGUCAAUAGCGAGACGUACGUAAUUACAUAGACAAAUUAAUGGCCGGGGUAUGAUUACUAGCACAGAUUCUUCGAGGGUUUUACAGAACCCAAGCUUGAAAUAGUGAAAUACAUCACAUAGUUACCAUGACUUUGUCAUGAUACAUAGGAAUGCAGAGUUGAACAAAAUCUGGUGAGGUUGCUGUUGUUCUGUAUCUGUUUUUAGUUUUUGCAAUUCUUUACUGUUGUAUGGUUGGGACGACGGAAAUAUCCCUGUUUGUUAACAAAUUUUAUUUACGGAAUUAAAGUUUCAGUCAACUUAGAGAAGCUU